GAUUUAUGGUAGCUAAAUCGUUCAACCGCCAUAGCUGAUAAAAAUUGACAAGUUAUUUUCAAUUCAACGGCGAAGAACUCAUUCUAUUUCCAUGUUGCAACAGCAGGAAGGUUUAACCACUCAUCUUACCUUAUGGAACACAGACGACACUGGAUCUGGUGCCGGGAAGAGGACGAAGAUAUCCCAUAGCUCACAUAGUUUGUCAUCGUGGGAUAUUGAUGGAGGACUGGCAGCUGAUUUUGAUGGAUCUCUAUCCGGCUUAGGGACAGAAUUAGGGACAUCUAGUUACAACAUGAGUGAAGCACUGCUUGCUCUUCCAGUUUUUAAGCAAGAAAAUAUAGAAAAUGGGUUUCAAUAUAUUCUUGGAGCUGCGACUUCUCCAGCUGUUAAAAUGAAUGAAGAAACAUUGACAUACCUUAACCAAGGACAGUCUUAUGAAAUAAAACUUAAAAAGCUUGGAGAUUUAACAAAUUCUCAGGGCAAACUGUUAAAGAGUGUGGUUCGAAUAAACUUUCAUGAAAGACGUUUACAAUACAUGGAGAAACAACAGAUAGAAUCGUGGAAACAGAAUCGACAGGGAGAAAGAAUUAUAGAUAUAGAUAUCCCUUUAUCUUAUGGAUUAAUUGAUGUAAACUUGGAUCCAAUCAAAUUAAAUGAAACAGAGUUUAUAUGGGAUCCUACGAAAGAGACUGGUGUUUAUAUACGUGUUCAUUGUAUCAGUACAGAAUUUACCGCUAAAAAGCAUGGUGGUGAAAAAGGCGUUCCUUUCCGUGUUCAGGUUGAUACAUAUUCACAGGGAGAUGCUGAAGAAAAACUUCUUCAUUCUGCUUCUUGUCAAGUAAAAGUUUUUAAGCCAAAAGGGGCAGACAGAAAGCAUAAAACAGAUAGGGAAAAAAUGGAAAAGAGAUCAGAUUCAGAAAAGGAAAAAUAUCAGCCAUCAUAUGAAUGUACAGUUUUAACAGAGAAUCCUGCAGAAAUAUCACUCACAUCACAAGUUAAUUCAUUAGGUUUAAAAUCACCAGAACAAUCAGAUAGUUUUAGUGAGCAUCGAGGUGGAACGAGUAAUCAAGACUGGAGACAUAUAAAAAAUAGCCCACCUCCAACUCCAAUAGCGUCAUUAAGUCAGAGUUUAUCUGGAUCAUCAACUCCUGUUCACACAUCAUCCACACCCAUUCACAUCUCUUCGAAUAACGUUGAUACCUCUACUAAUGUAGUUACUAUGCCAUUAUUAGGAGAAGCAUCUGCAGUUGAGGUCACACAAUGGUUACAUUUAAAUAGAUUUUCACAUUAUGUUCGAGUUUUUCAAAACUUUUCAGGUGCUGAUUUAUUACGACUAACAAGGGAUGAUUUAAUACAGAUUUGUGGAUUGGCAGAUGGUAUCCGAUUAAAUAAUGCUUUACAGUCUCGGUCUGUACGGCCAAGGUUAACUAUAUAUGUCUGUCAAGAAUCAGAAUCAGUGUAUCAUGCUAUAUAUUUGGAACUCAUGACGGUAAUAGAAUUAGCCCAGAAGUUAGCAUUGUUAUUUGGUAUACAGACACAUCAUAUAGGUGAUAUUUACACACAAGGUCCAUCAGGAAUACAUAUACUUGUUACAGAUGAGGUAGUACAGAAUAUGCAGCAUGUACAGGAUCAGUCCAGGUUUGCAGUCGAAGGAAUGAAAGAUGAUGAAAAUAAUAAAUACAGAAUUUUAUUAAAACUGAUUGAAUGAAGUGUUAUAUGCUGAGACAAUAUUAUUACUCAUCCUUAAACAUGGUAAAAUUAUCCUCUUCUUUCGAAUGACAUUCCUUUAUCCACGAUAUAUCAUAUAGAAAUUUUAAACUUCUUUGUGUGGAGGCAAGUCGAGAAAUUAAAGAAGACCACGAAGCGAAUAUUGUUUGUUAAAAUAAUUUUGUUUUUAAUAAUUGAGAAAGUGAAAAGGAACACAAUGUUGUUGGGAUUCAGAAACAGAAGUUUUUAUAUCUUCUCUUUACAUCAAAAUCAACUAAAGUUGAAAGAAAAGACAAGUUUUUCAACGAAGAAAAGAGAAACUCUUACAAUCUUAUCAAGGACAGAAAAAAAGCAGAGAAUUAUGUAUUGUCUAAAAAGAAAAUAUAAGUAUAUUAUAGAAAGAAGAAAAUCCUGUGCAAAAUUUAUAGACUAUAGUAGUAUUUCUGUUGAGGAUAAAAUCUUAACUGCAUGUUGUGCUGCUCGUUUCCAUGUGAAACAUUAUAUUCUAAACAAAUUGGUUUUACAAUUUUCUUUGGCAAGAAGGAAGCCAUUUUUAGCGGAAAAGCCCAAACCAACUUUUUUCCUGUUCUGCAUUUAUGCUUAUCAUAUUACUGACUAAUUGUGUAGACCCAGAUACCGAGAUUAUUGGUUAGAUGCCUUGUUUAUUGUGACUGUGAUGGGUUGAUUUCAUCCUUUACUAAUAACUUAUAAUAAUAAUGUAUAUGUAUGGUGCGCUUAAUAAUCCAUCCAUUUAUGCAUUCUCAAACCACUACUUUUAAGGAGCCUCUCGUCAAUUAAAAAAAAAAACAAUAGAGUGCAAACAAAUGAGAUGUUAGUUGUGACUUAAAAAUUGUUAUAGUUUAGGAUUCUUUAAUCUUUACUGGCAACUGAUUGCAAAGGCAAGGUGCAACAGCACUGACAUUUUUAUCACCAAAUUAUUUUAGUUUUGUUUUAGGAACAGCAAGUAUAUUUUUGUUAUGCGAGCUUAGACUACGUUUAGGUUUAUAGUAUGUCAGAAGUUCAGACGAAUAUAAGGGAGUGAGAUCAUUUUGACAUUGAUACAUGAAUGACAUAACUUUAUACUGAAUCCAGGGUUCGACAGGCAAUCAGUGAAGAGACUUUAACUCUGAUGUUAUGGGUGGAUAUUUUGAAGUUCCUGUUACAAUCCUGGUAGCUUCAUUUAAAUAUCUUCAUUUAGAUACUUGUUAGUGUAAUAUCAGCCAAAUUAAUUCUCUUCAUAUUUCGAAAUUCCAUCCAUUAAUCCCCCCUCCCCCUUGCCACAUCCAACGUCUGAUUUAUAUGGUUUGAAGUUCGAUGUAUUUGUACGUAAUAGAGUUAUACAUUUUAAAAUAUCAGUGUUGACUAGUAAUCCAUCAAUCAUCAUUAGAGAUGCUUUAUUUUAUGUUCAAAAUAUUUUUGAUACUUUAGCUUGUAACCGUCUUUUAUAAGUCAAUUAACUCUAUUGUUGUCCCCUGCCUUUUGAAGAAAGCAGGGGACUAUUAAUAUGGGUAUGUCUGUCUGUCACACUUUUUGAGACAAAAUAACUCUCCUUCUAAUUGUGUUAAAAUGUUCAAACUUGGUAUUUAUUAGGUGAUGGUCUUGAUGGAGUUUGAAGAUGAACAUUUUCUGCUUAGGGUAAGCAGAGAUAAGCAAUUUGAUUGGUUGAUGCUUUGGGACACGAUAACUUUGGUUCUAAUUAAGUGGGAGUGAUGAAACUUGGUGUAUAGUUUUGUCACAUCAAUACCUUGACUAAUUUCGAUAAUAAGCAUUUUCGGCUCAGUGUAAGCAGGUUGAUAAGCAAUUUGAUUGGUCGAGACUUUGGAACACAAUAAUUCUCCUUCUAAUUGAGGUAGAAUGUUCAAACUUGGUGUAGGUGUCUUAUUUUCCACUAAGGCUAAGCCUAGAUAAGCAAUUUGAUUGGUUGAGACUUUUGAAGGAACAUGAUAAUUGGGUGCGAGCGAUGAAACUCUGAUUAUAGAUAAUUUAUUUCAAUACCAUGGCUAAGUUCGAUAAUGAGAAUUUUCUGCUUAGGCGAAGUAGUGAUAAACAGUUUGAUUGGUCAAGACUUUAGAACAAGGAAGAAUGUUUUAACUUGAUGUUAAUGUUCAUUACAUGUAGGUGAAUGUCUUGACUGAGUUCAAUGAUUAAAAUAUCCUGCUAAAGCUAAGCAGAGCUAAAAUUUCAUUGGUUGAUGCUUUGGGACAAGAUAAUUGAUUGUAACUGAUGGAGAGUGAUGAAUUUUAGUGUUUAGUUUCACUACAAGGUACUUCAAUACCUUGACUGAUUUUGAUUGUGCACAUUUUAUGCUUAGACUAAGAUAAGUAUAGAUAAUCAGUUUGAUUGCUUAAUACUUUUGAAAAAGAUAAAUGUGAAAUUAAUCAAUAUGUGUCAUCUAUUUAUUGGUUUUCGGCUGGGGACAUCAGCUUUACUCUUGGCUUGUUUCUCCUAAAAAUGGCAUUUCUUAUAUAUUGCAAUGAUAUACAUAUCACAAUAUAUUGCAGUAUAUAGCCCUAACAAUAAAAAGUUAUCAUAAGGUGUUACGCUGCCAUGCAUUUAGUUUUUUAUACGCCCACAAUUUUGUUGUCAUCACUCCUGUCUGUCCAUCUUACAUAAGGUGUGCUAUAUGCACCACUCUUAAUUGUUUAGUACUAAAGUACAAUUUUGUAAUGGUUUUGUUAAGCUCUUGUCUGCCUGGUGAUUAUGUUACCCCCUAACUGCUCUUUGAAGUAUGGAUUCCCCACCUGUUCGUGACAAGAGUAGGAUCGUCUGUCCAACCUUGUGGGUUAUAUCUGGAGUCCUCCGUUUUCCUCUCACUGCUGAAGACCAAAACGCGCAAGCAAUUUAUUGAAAUAAAAUUGAACCAUAAUCCUGAAAUGACCUAGUUUGUGUCCAGAGGACAUAAACCCCAUUUCUCUCUCUCUCUCUCCCUUAAAGUAUGAAUGGUGCAGUCAACAAGCUCAAAAUUUUAUAAUUGAUGUAGUUAUUACUUAAUAGGAUUUAACUUUUCGUCUGGGAAUGUAAUUACCUUGUUAGCUUGAGAUUAGGAUAUGGUACUUCUCAUUCUGUUUGUAUGCAUGUGAGAUUGAAUGUAUUGUUAGGGUUUAUAGAAAAGAUAAAAAAUAAUUGUCGGAAUAAUUUGUUCAAAAUAUCAAAGAUAUAUACAUGUGUUGUGUGAUUAUGUAUGUAUGUAGAUGUAUAAAUUUUGAAGAUAAAAAAGAAUUAUAUAUAUACUUAUCAUAGUAAAAAAAAAAGAAUAAUUAUGCAGCAGAAUUCAUCAUUGAUGUUGAGUCAAUUCAUUUUGUGUUAAUUGUACAUUAAAAAUAGCCACUCUAUGUUUUAAAUAGCAUUUGAGUGGUUUUGUUAACAAUUAUAUAAAACUAUUAUUACUCAUUGUUAUAUGUUUUAUGUAAAUUCAUUAUUUGUCCUUGUUCAAAUGCUGUUAAAAUUGAAAAUAUCAUGAAUUUUAUUUAACAGGACUCUACAUUCUGAGGAAAGUACAGUCUAAUAAGUGAUUAUGAAUUGGUGAAUACUAAAAAGUGAUUUAAAUAUAAUGCUGAUGCAUAGAAGAUUCAUAUUACAUGUUUUACUAUUUUUAUAUGCCCACAUUUCAAAUUUGGCUGUAUAUUGCCAUCACCCCACGUCUGUUUGUCAUCCUGUCCGUCAGUCAGAUUCCUUGUUGGUGCAAUAGAGGCUACAAUAAUCUUUUAAGAAAUUGAUAUGUGUUGUCUAUCAUUUUGAAACACAGGUUUGCAAACUUGUUGUAGAUGUUAAUUAGGUGACUUGAGUUGGGAUGAUGAGCAUUUUCUGCUUAUCGGUAGGCUAAACAGAGAUAAGCCAUUCGAUUUGUUACUGCUUUGAGGCUCAAUAACCGUUAUUGAGUGAGAUUGUUUUCACUCAAUAUUGAGCAUUGUCUGCUCGAGUUAAGCAGAGUGAUCAGUAAUUUGAUUUCUCAACGUUUAUAAAUGUGAAAGCAAUAUAGGAAUGUCAUUUAUUUAUUUUGCGAUUGAGACAGGGGAUAUCAUCCUCACCAUUGUCUUGUUAAGCUAUCGUUGUGAUAUUUAUAUUGGUUGUCUCUCCUAUUGAAAGGAAGAAGCAUAUUGAUUUUUAAUGAUUUUCUAUGAUAACUUCCAGAGUUAUUCCCCAUUGUUACAAAAUCUUGGGGAUGCUCGAUUGUCAGUCCAGAACAUCACAAAUUGACAGAAUUACAAUCGAGUGAAGUGGAAUUAAGUCCCAUCACAGCUCUGUCAGUCCCGACAAUAGAGGUGGUGUCAGUAGAAUCGUGACAUUAUUAAACACAACCAGUAGUUAUGGUUGGUUGAGAUAUUUUCUUAUGCAGUCAGCUCAUGCGUUGUAGCCCGAAAUCCACCUUUUCAGUCAAUUGUCGCUAUUUUUGGGAUGGAGAGAAUUUAGUUCAGGAACGUUUAAUCGAGUAUCGCCUUAGUUAGCACAUAAAAUCUUCCAUUGCGAUCCUAUCAUUUGGGAAAUCUUUAGUUCUUUCGCCCAUAACUGGUUUGAGUACUAUGCUGCUGGCAGGUGUAUGUUAUUAAGAAGAAUUGUAUUACUGUAGUCCAAAAACCUUUGAGCUUUUGAGAUUGACUAUUUAGUUAAUAUGUUCUUCUAGGUGUCCUACUUGCUCGGACUAUCCAUGUUAGCUUCUAAUUUAAAAGUCAUAUUUUCAUAACAAAAUUUAAAAAAUCAAAAUAUGCAAAAAGUUGACUAACUGGAAGAAUUAUGAAGAACUUUGUUCUAAAUCUAUUUAAGAAAAGAUAGUGGAAAAUUUUGAUUUUAAAUAACUAAAACGAUGAAUAUGUAAGCAGUGGGCACCAUCAUGUAUGUAAAAGAAAUGAUAUUUUAUAUAUACAGUGUAUAUAUUACAUGCUGUAAAGAAUUCACUAUAUAUGUAGACAUAUGUAUGUAAAAAAAAUAUGGUGUUAAGAGUGACUUGAUCUAUACACUAAUUAAGAAAAUCAUUUUACGCAUUUUAAUGUCAAACUUCUCAAAAUAAAAUAUUGUUAAAAUUGA